CGUGUCAAAAUCAAAAUCUGUAAAAAACUUGCGUUUUAAUUGGUAGAUUCGAAUUUGAAACGUGCGCGUCAAUGAGUUUAAAAGCUCGUGAGAUCGCCCACUAUGAUAAGCCACGACUCGUUUCCGAUGAAUAAUUCGCCGGUGACGGCGGAGGAGAACGGUGGUGUUACGGAAAAAUCCAUACAGGAGAACGGUGGUGUUACGGAAAAAUCCAUUUUUUUGUCUCCUUCUACUAAGAAAAUAUCUGAAUCGCCGGUAAAGGAGAAUUUAGCUCCGGUGGCUACUCCGAAGACGGUGGAUAAUGGUUUAAGUGCUCAAGUGAAAUCUCGGUGGUCGUUUUCUUCUUCUAAGAGAAGCUUUGGAAGUAGUAAAGAUGAAACCUAUUUUGAUUCACAUCAAUGGCAACAAUCUGAUUCUGAAGACGAUUUCUAUAGCGUUCGUGGCGAUUUCACUCCAUCAGUUGGAAACACUCCAAGGUGUAGUAUCUCAGAGAAGCUUCCUCGUAUUCACAGCCCUUUAUUUGAAGGAGAGAAACCUCGAGUAUCGUUUUCGCAUUCUCCUGCACCGCGGAGAAAGAAACUAGGCGAACUAUUUAGAGAUAGUAUAAGAGAAGAACGAGCAGUAAUUUUAGAAGAGUCAUCGGAAUACCAAAGUGAAAAAAGUAAAAAAUCAUCAUGUGAUAAUUCGGGUGAGCUCAAAGUCAUUGAAGAAUCUGUAAAAGAGAAGAAGAAUCUUAAAUCUCCUCUGAAUUAUCACCAUCGUUGUCUUCCGAGAUUCUCGUCUUUUAAAGGAAGUUUAAUGGACAAGAGAAAGAAGAAGAAGAAGAAAAUUCAUGUGAAAUGAGAUUGAAAGUUUGGAUGUUUGCAUUAUAAAAAUCUGGAAACUUUCAGCAUAGUAAUUUUACAGGUUAUUUACUGACUGAUGUGAUGAAAAACAUAAACGAUAUAGAUGAAGAGAAAACUUUUUACCACUUUCUAAAAAGUUAUUUAGAUCGUUGUAUUUCCCCAACAGAAUUUCUGGUUCUAUUACAACUACUGGUUCAAGUUUCUAGUUCCUUCUAAACUGUGUGUUUCGUAAUGGCUUUAAUAUUUUUUAUUUGGGCUUCCAAAUAUUGGGCCAUUGGCUCUGUAAAACUUUUUUUUCUGAUGCUUU